AGUACUAUAUCUGAACCUCUUAUUUGAAAGAGUAAUUCACUCCUUAGGAUAAUUUGAGUGAUAUAAUAACGCUCAAGAAAUUUUCAAACGAAUGGUUUUUUGCGGUGUGCCUCCUGAUAUUUGGACCUACAGUAUUUUGCUAGAUGGAUUUUGCAAAAACGGGAAGCUAGAUAAAGCAUUGGUCAUAUUUGAGGAUCUUCAAAAGAGUGCAACAGAACUCAAUAUCGUCACAUAUAAUAUUGUCAUUGAAGGGGUGUUUAAGGCUGGCAAAGUGGAAGCUGAGUGGGAUUUGUUUUGUAGCCUCGGACUCAAAGGAGUGAAGCCUGACGUUGUAACCUACAAUACAAUGAUCUCAGGCUUGUGUAAUAAUAAAUUAAAGCAUGAAGCAUAUGCCUUGUUGAGAAAAAUGAAACAAGACGGGUCUCUCCCAGAUGAUCGUACCUCUAAUGCGCUAAUCAGGGCACAUCUUGAAGAUGGUGACAAAGCUGCAUCAGCUGAAUUCAUCAAGGAAAUGAGGAACCGCGGGUCAACAUUUGGCUUAGUCACUAAUAUGUUACAUGAUGGGAGAUUGGACAAAAGCUUCCUCGACAUGCUUUUUUAAACAUGUCGAGCAACUAUGUUUCCGCUGAAAGCAGGCAUCUUAAAACUGUUUUAUCCUGGAGAGAAGAGGAGUGGUAGAUCAAUUCUCUUUCCUUUAAAGUAACUGUGAGGUAAAUCAAGUUAUUUAAAUUCUGAUGUUGCAUUGAGUUAGAUUUUGUGUAUUGGUGGAACUUUGUGUUGUGAUGAGCAUUACAAGAAGAUUUUCCGUACAAGAAGAUCUCAGACUUGGUUUGGUAUGAUUACUGUUUUACUUUAGAUUUGGUUCUUAGCCAGACUUUUUGUUUUUCAAGUUUUAUUUUGAGUGAUUGUUUUAGACAGAUUUAUAGUUCUGUUACUCGAUAGGAUUAAACUUAUUAGAACUUGGUUGUUUGCUCUGCCCUGUCUGUGGUAUGUUUGAAUAAUGAUACGGUGGUAACGUAGCUUAGAUACAAGACAUUACGUUUUAGGGGUCCAGUCUAGUAUCUCAUCCUGAAGAAGCUUGAGCUUGUUUCUGUACGAGUAAUAAGUUACUGGUAUGCAUUCUGUCUAAAGGCCACAAUCCUCAUUUCGUUCGGUUCAACAGUCCAUCAGGAAAAAUAAAUUAUAUAUAAUAUAGUGUGCUUCCUUGUUUUCGCUUAUGAACUGUAAAUCAAGAACUCUGUUUUUUAACCAAAUUAUUUAUGAAACAACAAAGAACAUAAUCAUUAGAUUAGGCAAUGCGGGUAACUGCAGCAUGUAUGAACAAGUGACACUUGUGUAUGUAAUAAGAAUAAUAUGGUCUCAACUCAAUUGUUUGUUUUUCUUUUGCUGUUAAGCCUGUUAUGUUUGAAAUCAGUUUGUAGUUUUUUAAAACAAAUUGUUAGCUUGCGUUUGUACUUGGAAAACUAAGUAUAAAAGAGUGAAAUAUUUUAUAAAUGUGAAUUUUCCUGAUUUUUUUCUCUUGAUCUAAUAAUUAUCUGUGAUAUAAACAUUUGAAGAGAAGAAUUAUAUCACGUAAACGGAAAUAAUCUACACAUAAACCCGCCAAUGUGAAAAUAAAGGGAUGGUUCCCCCAAGUUGGAUUUGGAACGAAAACGACUCGCUGAAAGCAAUGAUAAACGCAAUUAUGAUGAUGAAAAUAUUACAAGAAUUCCUGAUAAAAUAUGUUACAAUUUACAUAGAAAUUUUUUCA